GGGGCACAGGGACGGGGCGCGCGGCAUUGUUGAGAGCGGCAACGUGCAGUGUAAAGGUGCGUGCUGUGCUGUCAGCGGUGUACCGGUGCUGUACGUCUUGCCUCCGUUGCCGGCUGGAGCAGUGUUUGUGGCAGGUGACAUAGCUGUCCUCGUUAGCCAUUUCAACGUUUUUCGACAUGGAGCAGGACGACGUAAAAUUCCGGGGCACCUCCCGACACAGCCGAACCGCCUCACGACUCGGCGGGGUGUCGGCGAAUUUGUUCGCCAAGUGUUUAUUGCUCUGCUGGAUCUUUGUAGGAUUGUUUGUAACUGUAGCAGCCAUGCAGCAUCCACAGGAGUUGUCAUUCCCUCCAUAUGCAAACCAAGAGGCAGUAAGGGACCUUGCUGCCAGCCAGAAUAACUUUACACGGGACCUGUACAUGAAACUGGCAGCUGGAGGUUCUGGAAACCUCUUCUUCUCCCCCUUCAGCAUCAUGACUGCUUUAGGGAUGACAUAUGCUGGAGCUGGAGGCAACACUGAACAAGAAAUGCGCUCAGUCAUGCAUUUGGGGGAAGACAAAGAGGCCACUCAUAGAGCAUUUCAGGAUGUUGUCUCUGACUUGAAGGCUGAAGUGGCUGAUUACGAGCUUCGCACAUCAAACAUGGCCUAUGUCUCAGGCCGCCUGGCAGUGCUGAGUGAGUUUGAUAAUAUUCUGAGGGAAAAGUAUCUGAGCUCCUCCAAAACGGUUGAUUUUGGCAAGAGUGAGGAAGUCCGGCAAGAGAUCAAUACAGCGGUUGAAAAGGAGACCAACUCCCGCAUUAAGGAUCUCAUCCCUGCUGGUAUGCUGAAUUCUCUCACAAGGAUGGUGCUUGUGAAUGCCAUCUACUUCAAAGGCUUCUGGGCUAAUCAGUUUAAAAAGGAAGCAACAAGGGACGAAGACUUUUGGACCUCAAGCACUAAGAAUGUUAAAGUGCCCAUGAUGCACAUGAAGAAGAAAUUCCGCCUCUUCCAUUUCCGAGACCUUGGAGCCACUGCCCUAGCAAUGGAUUACAAGGGUUCCAGGCUGAGCAUGGUGUUUGUGCUGCCUGAUGAACGUGAUGGCCUGGCAGGAGUUGAAGCCAAGUUGGCCACAACAGAUCUCAGUGAACUUGAUAAAAAGUUGCGCAAAGCUGAAGUUGAGGUCACUAUUCCCAGAUUUAAGCUGGAAGAAACACUCAAACUGAAAGGCAAGCUCCAAGAGAUGGGAAUGAAAGAUCUUUUUGAUGAGAGGUCAGCUGACCUUUCUGGAAUAUCAGGCAAGAAAGACCUGUUUGUCUCCAAUGUGGUCCACAAAGCCUUCCUGGAAGUAAAUGAGGAAGGCAGUGAAGCUGCUGCAGCAACAGCAGGUAUCACCUUCAUGGUAACGAGUAUUCUGAUUUCAAGACCUCUGCAGUUUGUUGCUGAUCAUCCAUUUCUUUUUUUCAUCAAAGAUAUUCGAUCAGGAUUAAUUCUGUUUAGUGGCCGCCUGACAGUGCCUUCACAGGGAAACUGAUAAGCCUUUAUCGUGCAUCAAGUGUAUGUUUGAGACAGCAGUGUUGGGGCUUUAUAAAAAAUCUAUUUAGUUAAGCUGUGAUGCCUUUAUUUUAAUAUACCACUUUUUUUUCAACUGGUAUCACCAUAGAGCUAAUGUGUGCUAUAAUUGA